AUUCUGUGAUUUAUAAUAAUAAUACGCUUGUGUUCAAUAAAUAUUAAAAUAAUUAAAAAAGUUCAAGUUUCUUUUGCGCGCGUCUAAUAAUAACAUACAAAGGUCGAAAAAACCCAAGAAACCAGAAUUUAAUUUGAAUACCAAAAUGUUUUAUACGGUAUUUCUAAUUUUAUUUAUCGCUUCAAUUAACGGACAAUUUUAUGAAGGGGACGUGUGUACAAAGGAUAACAUGCAGGGUGUUUGUACUAACAUACGAAAUUGCAAAUCUGCCAUAGAGGAUAUAAAAAAUCAUAGGGGACCACCAAAACUCUGUUCCUUCACUAGCAACGAUCCGAUAGUUUGUUGUUUAGACAACGCACGGCAAACUACCUACAGGCCACCCGUCGCAACUACCCCAAGUACAACUCCAAAAAGACCGCGGACUACCACAGAACCACCAGUGUAUGACUAUGUGUUUGUCGACAACACAGCACAGUCUGAUGUCGGCUGUGAACCCAUCUCUUCGAAUCUAACAGACGUAAGAACUGGAGAGAAAGCUUGGGAUAAAUGUAUAGAAUACCAGCAAAAACUGAUCUACCCUUGUGAAAGGGGGGUUGCUCUGAUCAACAAAAAGGGAAGGAUGAAUAAUUGCAAUCACAAGGGUACCCAGCUAAUCGUCGGUGGUCAAGAAGCGGGUGCUGCUGAAUUUCCUCACAUGGUAUUAUUAGGGCUAGAGAAAGGGACUGCCGUCAGCUGGGUGUGCGGAGGUACUUUGAUAAGCGAACGCUUCAUCAUAACCGCUGGACAUUGCACCUCUAGCAGCGAGUAUGGUAAAGUGAAAUACGCCAAAACCGGCGUCUUGAAACGGACCGACGCUGUCGAUGCAUUCCACUUAUAUAGGAUUAGUGAUGUCAUCAAGCACCCGGAGUACAAGCCACCGAGCAGAUAUAACGACAUUGCCUUAUUGAAGACGGAAAGAGAUAUAAUGCUUGAUCAAUUCGUGGUACCAGCUUGCCUGGACGUCGGAAGACCGAAUGACUACCAGAAAGCAUUGGCUACUGGCUGGGGAGCCACCUUCGAACGUGGAGAAGUCUCUAAUAUACUGCAAAAGGUUACCCUGGAAAAGUUCACAAGUACUGAAUGCUCGGAAUUGUUCGGGAGGAAUCGUCGCUUGGAGUUCGGCUUCGAUGAGAACACGCAAAUAUGUUACGGAGACAAAAAUGAACGAAAGGACACCUGCCAGGGCGACAGUGGCGGUCCUCUUCAGCUGUACCACAAACAGAUCCACUGUAUGUACACAGUAGUGGGUGUGACUUCAUUCGGUCGUCGAUGCGGUAAUGUCGGUGAACCGGGCGUGUAUACCCGGGUAGCGUCGUACGUCCGAUGGAUCGAAUCUAUCGUGUGGCCCUAGGGAGCUGUGUUUAAAACACGUUUGCAAAUAAAGGAUCUUUGUUUUUUGCGCGACGAGAUGUGACAAGAGUAUAUAUUCUAUAUAUAUCUUCAAAAUAAAAAAGUCGAUUAUUAAUCUG